UGGACCGUCAACACUCCACCAGGCUUUCCUACAAAGUUAGUGCAAUUAAAAUAGCAAGCAUAAAGCUUCUUUUAAUACAAGCAUGGCUUCCCGAAACAUGCAACAACCCGGUAUGCAGAGUAGCGACUCUCCUCAGCCGGCGAAACAGGGGACAGACUCCCCGGCCCCGGAGCAGACCCCGGCGAACAAAGACAGCCCAGCACCCCCGCAACAGCCUCAACAAUCCCCCGCAGCCGAACAAACAGAGGCAGCCGCCGAGGGAAGCGAUGAUGCCCCUCGAGAAAUGACUCUGGAUAUCACAAGUUUUCGGAAGCCGGGUGAGAAGACGUUCACCCAACGGUCGCGGCUGUUCGUGGGGAAUCUGCCGUUGGACAUCCCGGAGGAAGAGUUCCGAAAAAUGUUUGCUAAAUAUGGGAGUAUAAACGAGAUUUUCAUCAAUAGAGACCGGGGAUUCGGCUUCAUUUGCCUGGAAACCCGGACUCUUGCAGAGAUUGCCAAAGCUGAACUGGAUGGAACCAUACUGAAGAACGGACGACCAAUGAGGAUCCGCUUUGCCACGCACAAUUGUGCCCUCACAGUUCGCAACUUGUUACCUGUCGUGACUAAUGAGCUUCUGGAGCAGGCCUUUUCUCAGUUUGGACCAGUGGAAAGGGCGAUUGUCGUGACAGAUGACCGGGGUCGUCCCACCGGGAGAGGGAUUGUGGAGUUUGCAAACAAACAAGCUGCAAGAAAAGCCCUGGAGCGCUGCACAGAGGGAGCUCUGCUGCUGACCACCACGCCUUGUCCAGCCAUUGUAGAGCCUGCAGAGCACUUUGACGAGGAGGAUGGACUGUCUGAAAAACUGAUGCAGAAAACUCCCAAGUACCACAAGGAACGGGAGCAGCCACCACACUUUGCUCAGCCAGGGACGUUUGAGUUUGAAUACUCUUCUCGAUGGAAAGCUCUUCAUGAGAUGGAGAAACAGCAGAGAGAGGUGGUUGACAGGAACAUUCGAGAGGCCAAAGAGAAACUGGAGGCUGAGCUGGAGUCGGCCAAACAUGAACAUCAACUCAUGUUAAUGAGACAAGAUCUAAUGAGACGUCAGGAGGAGCUGAGGAGGCUAGAAGAGCUCCGCAAUCAGGAGCUACAGAGACGAAAGCAGAUAGAGAUGAGGCAUGAGGAGGAGAGGAGGCGGAGAGAGGAGGAGAUGAUGAGACACAGAGAGCAGGAGGAUAUGAGACGCCACCCAGAUGGCUUUAAACCAAACUACAUGGACAACAGAGAACAGGAAAUGAGAGUGGGUGAGCUGGGCCCUCGUGGAGCCAUAAAUAUGGGAGAUGGCUUUAACCAGGCCUCUGUCGGGCCCAGUGCUAACCAGGGUCAAAUGAUGGGCAUGAGUGGAAGGGGAGGAGCGGUUGGCCCAGAGGGAACUCCUAAUAUGGGGACACCAGUGAUGUCUGAUAAUGGAGCCAUGCGGAACGAUAGAUUCCCGCAAGCUGGAUCCAUGGAGGGCCGACAGGUCGAGUCCCCAAAACAACAGCAACAACAGCAGCUGCAGCAGCAGCAGCAGCAGCUGCAGCAGCAGCAGCUGCAGCAGCAGUCAUUGGGCCCUCAGGUUGGACAAGCUCCAGGAUUUGCAAGGGGAAGCCCAGUAGGGGGAGUCUUUGACGGGCCAAAUAACAAACGCCGCAGAUUCUAGCUUCUUAAUAGUAACCUGACAUGGAAAUACGGUUCUCUUGGAUCUGUUACUGCCAAUACCAGCUUGUUUGUCCUUAUUUUGACUUAAUUCCCUUCCUGUGUUUUGGGUAACCUGGCUGACAAAUGAGACAGUUUUUUUUGCAUUUGUAUGUCUUUUUAUUUUUUAUUUUACUGGAAGGGGAAUUAACUUGGAUUCAUAAGCUGUAGGAUUAUGCCUUGUCCAAUCACUUCUGCUGUGUUUUACCUUUUUCCCUGAUAUUCUCCUCAGCGUUUUCCUUGGGAAAACCUGUUUUGUGUCUGUUGUGUGGCUGACUGGUCUUGGAUACAUCAUUAAGCUGCUUUAGGGAAGUGAUGUUUCAAAUAAGACUAACUACUUUGGACUUUAUAAGUGCAAAAAUCACCAACUUCACAAACGGUGAAAUAUUUCAUAUCCCUUACAAUGAAAGGGAUAAAGCGAAUUAACAGAUGCAGCUUUCAGUCAAACUCUCCUGUUCAAGCGUACUGUGACUCUUGGCCAAUAAUGUGUUCAGUCAAACAGUGAGUGAAUGUUUUUGCAGCUUGAGUGCAUCUUGUGUUGAUGAUUAAAAGGAAUAAAAGAUUUAUAGAAAGA